UGUCCUGAUGUUCCUGCAAUUCUUCAAGGUAAUAGUGAGUUUAUGAAGUUGUCAUUGCGGAGGUCUAGUUUGCUUAGUGAUCCUGAAGGUAAUGCGAAGGCUAUUGCUGCUCUUGAUAGGAGUGCUGUUCGUUGCGUUUCAAUGCAUGUUUUGGCCUGUGAUGAAACUGCUAUUGAGUAUUGCCAAGAGGAUGAGGUAAUGUCCUUUGAUGUUACUGUAAAAAGGAGCACGGCAAGACGACGACGGGCUCGGGUUGGUGAUUCGCUUGAGGUGGAACUUGUUAAUAAGGCGAGUACAGUGGCCGGUCAAGAGUUGGAUGAAGAAAGAGUUUUGUCUGCGAGCAAAGAUACCCUUCCUGGGAGUACGCAAGCAGAUAGCGAUGGUGCUCAGGCCAAGUUGUUGGCUUUCUUUACUUCUUUAUGCGAUGAUGAGGCUAGCGCCAGAGAAUCUCUGGAGCAGGAGGAGAUGAUGAGUGUUUUACCAUUAUUGUUUGAAAACACCAUGGAUAGGGAGAAGAUUGAUCGCAACAAUAUUGAGGAGGAGCAUGCAAUCUCUGAGGUGAAGCUAAAACGUGAAAUGGAGGAGGGUAUUGAGAGAAUCCGAGAGGCUGCUGCUCUUCAGGCACAUGAAUCACGGGAGGCGUUUUGUUCAGAUGAGUCUUUGCGCCGGGAGGAGAUUGAGCGCACAGAGGCUGAAGAGCGUGGUGCGUUGGACGUUGAAGCUGUUCAGGUUUCUGAACACCUUGACCGCGAGAAUGUAGAGCAGGAGGAAGCUCGGGAGCUGGAGAACUUGCACAUUGUGGCACUUGAGGGAGAGAAAGCCGUUAAAUUUUUGGAUGAUCUUAAUGGUUUCUUGGGAACUGAGAUGCGAGAACGGUCAAUAAUUGAGUCUGAAGAAAUGGAUGAGAGUGUAAAUAUUGCACAGACAAAUUUACUACAAACUGAAAUGUAUUUCCGACAGUUAGUGGAGAAAGAUGCUGAAGAUGUAUUAACUAGUAUAAUGAAAGCUCUAGGUGAGUGGAACCGUCAAGUGGAGCUGCAAAUGGAGCAGCUCCAAGAGGUGGUGAAAGCAGAGAGACAUGGGAGGUCGUGUCUUGUAGAAGAAGAGAAGAGUCUCAUAGAUGAAUUAAUGUUGCGUGAGGAAGAAGAAGUGAUUAUUAUGGAACGCACACAGCGGAUGAUAGGCCAACAGCUCGACAUUAUAAGGAGUGAAGAAGAAGAGCGUCAGAAUGAUAUUGAGAAAGGUGAAUCAGAGGAGUGGGAAACACUAAAGCUGCAGUCAGAUGCUGAAUUGAUGUUGCUAAAUUGCAUAGCAGAACUUUCAGCUUCAGAACAUGAUACACGGUAUGCCAUUGUGAAUGAUGAGGAGGAAGGUAUCAAAAACCUUCUCGAUGAGGUUGCCAACAUGGAAGUACAUGCGAAAUAUGCUCAAGAGGAACGGGAAGCGGAAGAACAAGAGAUACAGCAGAAGAAGCGGAAACAAGACGCCACAACACUGUUAAAAAGUGUGGUUUUUGCAUAUAGGACAAGAAGACGUCUGGCAAAUCGUUUUGUUAAUCGAAAGGUGCAUGAGUACAAGAAUGCUUUUGCAAACACGCUUCGAACAGAGUUUAUGGCUCGAAACGAGAUCAUCGGGGAAGAGAGAGAAGAACGACAGCAAAUGCAGGAAGCCAAAGAUGCCUUCGUUUCAAGUAUGCAAAAACUAUCAAACAAAUCACUGGCUCUUUUAGAGAAGGAAGAGGAUGAUGCACGUCAUCAGUUAAUUGAUGAUUGUAUGUUUCAACUUUAUCAGCUACAACGAGCUUCUCGAAAGGUUUUAGCAAAGCAACAAGCUCCACCUUCAUUGAAGGAUCUACAGGAGUUUGAAGAACGCGAGAAUGGAAUUGGCUCUGCAGCGGUAAAUUCUGUUGCAAAAACGAAGAUCAUUACACCGUUGAAGAAUGAAGCAGGGAAUAUCAAUGAAGACGAUGGUGUUGACGAGGAUGAGGUUGAAGAAGAUGAUGAUGCCGUAAUAGAGAGUGGAAAGUACAAGGGGUAUGCGCUAGAUCCUAUUGGGACCUUCCUAUUGCAGUACGAGCGUGACCUUCGCCGCUUUCGGGCCUCCCUUGAGAGAAGUAGACAAAGUGUGGCAGUGGAACAUGACCUACUGAAAAAGACUCGCGACACCGCUACCCGAGAUAUGGUUAACGGCGGUACGGGUGCGUUGUGGAUCCCAGCUAGACCACUGCCUUUAUCUGAUCUUGUGCGUGGCCCGUCAGCACAGUACCGCCGAGGGCGCAUCGUUGAUGCAAGAGGACAAAGACCGGCUUCUAAAAUGACAGAUGUUAACGGAAUGAUCGUUACCCCGACUGAAUCGCCACUCUCUUUUGAGGGAUUCGUGAAGCAGGGGCGCUCAUUUUGA